AUGUCCGCUCGAACGAUGCUCGCCCUGUUGAAACUUGCGGUAUCCCCAGUGGAGAAUUCUUUCAUCGACAGAUACACUCAGGCCUGUGAUGCUGAUGAAAUUGAAGAGGCCAGGGCUCUAUCAGACAAAUUCUCGACGCUAUUGUCGACGCUGGAAGAGACAUAUUUAAUCGUCUGGCUCCACCACCUCCGUUUCUCGAAACAUUAUUGCAAGACCUUCAUACCCUACUGUGCCCCAAAGAAUUUUUCUUUUCUUUUCAAACGUUGA